AUACAAGUGAUCCCCACUUAGUGUAGUUAUUAGGAUUUUGCUGAGUUCUGGUGAAGCCACGUCACCCUUUUAAUCUCAGUCGUUCGAUCAGUUGCUACAGACGGUCCGAUGUAUUCCAUCCUUCCCUAAGCGUCGCCUCCCUCCUCCACCGAGCGCGGAUUCUCCGCCGCCGCCGCCGGGCGCGCUCCUCUCCCCGCGUGCGCUCCUCUCCUUUCCCCACCAGCCCCCGCGCGCAACUCCUCCCUUCCCCACAUCGCGCGCGCGCCAGGCGCGGGCCCGGCGCCGACUGCUCUUGCUCCUUUCCCCAAUCGCGCGCACGCGUCAGGCGCGGGCCCGCCGCCGGCCGCUCUCGCAUCCCCGCGCCGCUUCUCCUCCAACCCUCUCCCCCCGGCGCUUCUUCUCCAAUCCACCCCCCUCUAGCGCUUCUCCUCCCCCUCCCCCCCCAAUCUUUGUUUCAUCCGAGCUUUCACUUCUGCGAGGUUGUGUGUUCUUCUACGGGAUUCUCUCCCCGGCGAUUCUCUGGCCGCUUCUCCUCCCUCCGUAUAUCUAUUGAGUCGAGUGAUGGAUGCCACAGGCGAUUUGUGUUCUUGCUUCCUAUCUUCAGUCCCUGCAUGUAUCGAUCAAAAUUGAGGAGUUUCUAUCAGGCUGUCUGCUCCUGCUGCUGCAGAAACGAGUGUAAGUUCAUUCCCAUUCCUAUUGUCUACUAUCAUUGUAGCAGCAGCUAUGGGCUAUCACUGAGGUCAGUCUCCAUAACAUUCCCAUCCAAAGCAGCGGCUUAUCUGGUUUCUCCAUAUGAGUUCUCUAUCAAGAAAAUAUCCCAAUAUAUUUGGUACCACAUAUUCGUUCAUGGUCACCGACUUUCCAGAUAUUAUAAUACAACCAUCCUAUGAUAUCUUCUUUGUAAGAGGUACUAAGCAAUUUUCUCCUUUGCUGUGCCAUUAUCCUCUCACUUCAGGUAGCCGAUAUCAUCUUUUAUAUUUUACUCAUUCAUUCAUUUAUUUGUUCUUUUUAUCUCUUGCUAGAUUGUUAGCUCAGGUUAAUCUUUGUUCUCCCCCCUCCCCCUCCUAUAAACAAAUAACCAAAAGUUUGUUUGGAAGAUUCAGUAUCUUCGGUAAGCAGAGGUGGUCAAAGUUACAUUCUACCUGGAUGGCCACUCGAGGAAAAUUGGCCUCCCCUUUGAUGCUAAAUAAUAUAUCCUUACAAGUUUGUGAUCCCCUACCUCUCUACCUUCCCAUUUCAUCUGUUUGUCACUAAUGAAAAUUAUGAUGGUGAUUUCAGAACAUUCAAGGGAUUUGAUCUAUUUCACAUUUCUUUCAGAUCAAUAUAACUCCUUUUCAUCGUAAUGAUAUAAUGGCAUCAAGUGAUUUGAUCAAGCACAAGAAAGAGUGCUACUGCUACAGUGCGGAGUUACAUAUUUGAUUUUUGGCAUGUUCAGAACUUCUUUUGACCAAUUUCUAUGUUCUCAGAAUUUUGUUACCAUCAUUCACUUAGUAUGGUUACUGUUCUUGAUGAAUACCUUGUGAAAAAAAAACCAUGGAUUAAGCCUUUUACCUUACGGAUUUCAUGCAUCAAAUAUUGCAUAAUUUUUUUAUUUCAUCGAAAAGAUAUAAGCUCUACUACGAUAAAUUCGUCAGUUCAGCCGAUGAAGUUUGCAAUAUUGCAGUAUGAGGUAAAAUGGAUGUUUCAGUGGAUUCAGUCACUGAAUUUCACUUCCUUUUGCUAAAAAGUAAUUUGAAUACAACAUUUUUUAAACCAUAUAAUACAAUAUUAAUGUUUUCCUUGCCUCAUAAAUAUUAGAAUUAUCAUAUAUUUGUUUAUCUAUUUUCAUAUCAUUUUGCAGUGCCACGUCCUAUAUAGGUUGGCUUUGCGCAACCUUUUACAUCGUUGCUCGAUUCGUCAUCACAUUGUUAGCUGGGGGAGCUAGACUAAUCUUAUGAAGCUUGAUACUUGAUCAGUAAAUUACAUUUUUUUUGCAGGGAUCAGUAAAUUACUUAGACUGCUGCUAAAAACAGACAAGUAUGAACGUUUAAAAAGGAGGCUAAUAAGCAGUUCCAUUCUUGAUGAACUUUCUGUAAGUUAAAAACGUAUUUGACUAUGGUUUCCUAAGUGUUUUUGAGUUUAUAUAGUACUCUUAUCCAUAUUAAUUGACUCCGUGGGCUGUAAAAGGUGCACAUGUCACUAUGUAAUAUACUCCAAUCUUGCUCUUUUUUCACAAGAACAUAUCAAUAUGUAUUUACUGUAGUCUCAACUACAACUCCAAACUUUCUUCAUAUAUUUGAGUUGCUCUCACUAUUAAUUUA